CUGUCAUUCACCAGCAAUAUCUCUCCAUAGUGUUCUACAUCCAUGUGCCUUCGUGAACGAGUCACUAUGUUUGUGGAAGAAGCAUUCAAACCAAUGUGCUUUUUCAGGAAUGGUGACACCAGAAUGUUAUAAAUCUGUUCCUUACCACAAGGAUAAAUGAUAUUUCUGCCAAAGACUUUUGAUUACGGGUACAGUAAUGCCUCUCAACACUUUCUGAAAUUUAAAGGUCUGUCCUCGGAGAGUUCAUCUCAAUUCUCUGAAAGGACUUAACAAUGGAACAUAAAAAUCUCAGGUAUCAACUUCCUCUAGGAUGCAGAGAGACUAAUAGAAUCUACACAAAAAUUUCUGCUGAAUGAAUUUCCCCACCUUCUUGGUGAUUGUACACCUGCCUUCCUUAUAAGGAGAACAAGGAAGUAAAUCAUGUUGGAGUUGCUCUUAAACACAGCUUUUCUUCUUUACCUGUCCAGGUAGCUUCUGUUUUCAUUUCUGUCUUAAUGAAAACUUUUUUAUUUACAUCUGAAGUUUCUUUUCAAAGCAGCCGAGAACUGAAACGGAUGGGGAUUGAACUGCUUUGCCUGUUCUUUCUAUUUCUAGGAAGGAAUGAUCACGUACAAGGUGGCUGUGCUGUGGGGGGCGCAGAGACCUGUGAGGACUGCUUACUCAUUGGACCUCAGUGUGCCUGGUGCUCUCAGGAGAAUUUUACGCACCUAUCUGGAGUUGGAGAAAGAUGUGAUACCCCAGCAAACCUUUUAGCUAAAGGAUGUCAACUAACCUUCAUUGAAAACCCUGUCUCCCAAGUUGAGAUACUUACAAAUAAGCCUCUCAGCAUAGGCAGACAGAAAAAUAGCUCCGACAUCGUUCAGAUUUCACCUCAAAGCUUGGCUCUUAAACUGAGACCAGGCCUUGAACAGACCCUGCAAGUUCAAGUUCGCCAGACCGAGGAUUACCCUGUGGAUUUGUAUUACCUCAUGGACCUCUCGGCCUCCAUGGACGAUGACCUCAACACCAUCAAAGAGCUGGGCUCCCUGCUCUCCAAGGAGAUGUCUAAAUUAACCAGCAACUUUAGACUGGGCUUUGGCUCUUUUGUGGAGAAACCCAUCUCCCCUUUUAUGAAAACAACACCAGAAGAAAUCGCUAACCCUUGCAGUAGUAUUCCAUACUUUUGUUUGCCUACAUUUGGAUUCAAGCACAUUUUGCCGUUGACAAAUGAUGCUGAAAGAUUCAACGAAAUUGUGAAGAAUCAGAAAAUUUCUGCUAAUAUUGACACCCCAGAAGGUGGAUUUGAUGCAAUUAUGCAAGCUGCUGUGUGUAAGGAAAAAAUUGGCUGGCGGAAUGAUUCCCUCCAUCUCCUGGUCUUUGUGAGUGACGCAGACUCUCAUUUUGGAAUGGACAGCAAACUGGCAGGCAUCGUCAUUCCCAACGAUGGGCUCUGUCACUUGGACAGCAAGAAUGAAUACUCCAUGUCAACAAUCUUGGAAUAUCCAACAAUUGGACAACUCAUUGAUAAACUGGUGCAAAAUAAUGUGUUACUGAUCUUUGCUGUAACCCAAGAACAAGUUCACUUGUAUGAGAAUUAUGCAAAACUCAUUCCUGGAGCUACAGUAGGGGUACUUCAGAAGGACUCUGGAAACAUUCUCCAGCUGAUCAUCUCAGCUUAUGAAGAAUUGCGGUCUGAGGUGGAGCUGGAAGUGUUAGGAGACACGGAAGGACUAAACCUGUCAUUCACAGCCAUCUGUAACACUGGGAUCCCCUUUCCACACCAAAAGAAAUGCUCUCACAUGAAGGUGGGAGACACAGCUUCAUUCAACGUGACUGUGAGUUUACCAAACUGUGAGAGAAGGAGCAGGCACAUUAUCCUAAAGCCCGUGGGGCUGGGGGAUGCUUUGGAAAUCCUCGUCAGCCCGGAAUGUAGCUGUGACUGCCAGAAAGAAGUGGAGGUGAACAGCUCCAAGUGCAACAAGGGCAAUGGUUCCUUCCAGUGCGGGGUGUGUGCCUGCAACCCCGGCCACAUGGGUCACCACUGCGAGUGCGGGGAGGACACGCUGAGCACCGAGUCCUGCAAAGAGGCCCCAGAGCUCCCCUCGUGCAGUGGGAGAGGCGACUGCUACUGCGGCCAGUGUGUCUGCCACCUGUCCCCCUACGGAAACAUUUACGGGCCUUACUGCCAGUGUGACAACUUCUCCUGCGUGAGACACAAGGGGCUGCUCUGUGGAGAACUUUGUUUUGCAGAUCACGGCGAGUGUGACUGUGGCGAGUGCGUGUGCAGGAGCGGCUGGACAGGCGAGUACUGUAACUGCACCGCCAGCACCGACCCCUGUGUCUCCGAAGACGGGAUCCUCUGCAGCGGCCGAGGGGACUGUGUGUGCGGCAAGUGCAUCUGCACGAACCCUGGAGCCUCGGGACCCACCUGUGAACGUUGUCCCACCUGCGGCGAUCCCUGCAACUCUAAACGGAGCUGCAUUGAAUGCUACCUGUCUGCAAAUGGCCAGGCCCAAGAAGAAUGUGUUGACAAAUGCAAACUAGCUGGUGCGACCAUCAAUGAAGAAGAAGAUUUCUCAAAGGAUAGCUCUGUUUCCUGUUCUCUGCAAGGAGAAAAUGAAUGCCUUAUUACAUUCCUACUUACUACAGAUAAUGAAGGGAAAACCGUCAUUCACAGCAUCAACGAGAAAGACUGUCCAAAACCUCCAAAUAUUCCCAUGAUCAUGUUGGGGGUUUCGCUGGCUAUUCUUCUUAUUGGAGUCGUCCUGCUGUGCAUUUGGAAGCUCCUGGUGUCUUUUCAUGAUAGGAAAGAAGUUGCCAAGUUUGAAGCAGAAAGGUCAAAGGCCAAGUGGCAAACGGGAACCAAUCCACUGUACAGAGGCUCCACCAGUACCUUUAAAAAUGUAACCUAUAAACACAAGGAAAAACAAAAGGUUGAUCUUUCCACGGAUGGAUAGAACUACUUUAUGCACAGACAAAUUUUGUUUCACUGAUAUGAAAUGUUAUUGCACUAUUUAAUUUUUCUCUCUUUGUUGUUUUAAGGUUGGUUUAAGAUAAUAAUAGGUCAUUUGGAGAUCAGUCAUUUUCUGUGUGAAGGUUAGAGACCAUGUUGACAGUUUCAGCAAAGUCACAAAGUCCAUAUGCCACAUUAUAUAGUCAAAUUUGCCGACGAAUUCUAAACUUUUAGUAAAUCUGCCCUUUCCUAAAGGAAGGUUUUUUUCUUAACCAAUGAAAAAAAUGAGAUACUGACUUUUACUUAAGCUAUAGGAUGUAAUUCUCCUAAAGAUGCUCCUCAUGUAAGAAUGAAAAUGAAGUAUUAAUAAUUUCUACAGAUUUGAAUGUCCCUAAAAGUCAAUUUUUUUUUGUUUUACAGAUGAAGAAAAAGUAAUUUAUAGAUUAGGAAGUCACCAGUAAAACAAAAAUAACAGGCCUAUCGUUAGAUUAUGUUUAAUGACCUGAAAAAUAAACUUCUACAUUCAGUUUCCUGAUUGACCCUGCGUUUUCAGACUAUUACUCCUUCUGUAUUUCUCAACCCAUUUAACUCAGUUUCACAGUCAUGUAAACCCUGUAAAUUUUAUAUGAAAGUUUUAAUUUCUUGUCAAAAAUUUUAAAUAGUGAGAUAGCUUAUUCAAAUUGAGCUCCAAUAACACAAAAGGACCAUGCAUUAAACAGAAUAAAAUUUUUAAUGGUUUUAAACCAAACGCAUCAUGAAUACACAAGUCUCCUGUGAGUAAUAGGCUUACUUAAAUCUGUAUUCUUUUUCCAUUUGCAUAACCCGGCUUGCAUAUUUCAGUUGCAUAUGGUGAAUAUGCUACUUGAAAAAGUUGGAUUUUACUUGCAAAAUACAUGUGGGUAAUUAGGGAUCCACAGGUUAAUUGAAGAGAUGAACUCCGUAGAAUAUUAUUCCUUAUAGUUAAUACUGCUUCACACAGCACUUUCAUCUCACGGAUCCUCGGAAGGAAACUAAGCCUCAGAGAGUGGGUGGAACUGGUCGGGAAUUGAGAUCUUCUAGCUCCAAGCUGCUGCUUCUUUCCGCAGUGUGAGACUGACUCUUAUCAGUGAAAUGAUAGAAAGAUUUUGUUAGUUAAGUGAUAAUUGCCAUUUGUUUGAAAAUGUAGUGGCUAGACAAAUAGCACUUAAACUACUGGAAUAUAGAUGAGGUCUUGUACUUUUGUGCAAUGUUUAUUACCUUUGAGAAAAUUGUAAUGUGAAGCCUUUUACUAGGUGGGUAGUUCAUUAGGUAAUGGAGGCUUCGUGUUUAUCCACUGAACUGGCACAGAAUAACCCAUGAUAAGUCUCUUCAAUUCUGUCAGAGAGUUUGGUACACAAUUUGAUCACUUAGAGACUUAUUUUUUUUCAGGUUUCUAAAUAACUCAGGUAAAUUAGACACUUGGGGAGUAUGCAGUUAUACUAAAAGAAUUACUAAACAAUCAUUUGGGAAACCUGAAGGGCUGAUGAACCCAUGUGUUCCUGACUGAAGCCCAGGGUUGGUGGGAAAUCUCAAGCAAUAAGGAAGUUGCAAUUCCAAUGACACAACGGCGGUAUUCAUCUCUAUGUGUGAAAUUUUUGUAUUACUACUAGAAUGGGAUUUUAGGAUAUAUAAAUUUCCUUUGUGUGUAUAUUGGGGAAGGUAGAAAAAAAUCUGCUAUUUCUCUGCAUCCUGUUUUGAUCCAAGGCUGGACCUUGAAAAGGUCAAAACAUUAACAGUAGUACUUCUGUUCACUGAAGAGUUUGUUACAUGAAGAUACAAUGGUUGUUUUUUGUAAGUUGCUUUAUUGUAUUUUGCAUUGACAUAAAUAAACAUCAUAAUUUAAACAAUGAA